GCCUUAUCAGCCCAAUAGGGUUCAAAGAGCAAUUCUUCGCCUUCACCGCUGCCGUUAACCAAUAACGCCUUCUUUCUCUGCAUUUGAAGCAGCAUAGUUUUGGCGAUCAAUGUCCAAAAGAAGAGUCUCGCUUUUCACAAUCAAUUCCAUCACAACCUUGUCCAAGGUAUGCUCUUCGAUUAAUUCCUCUAAUUCAAUCCAAACCCUUGCUUUAUCGAAAAAUCUUAGCACUGCAGCUCAAAGAUCGGAGUUUCAAAACCCUGUUGGUAACCACUCUGAGAAUUCUGAUGAGCAUUUCCAAAGCCCUGGUGGUUCCUGUGGCGAGACCCAAAACCCUCUAGAGUUAGUUCAAAAACAAAAUGGGAAGGGCUUAAGCCCUAAUUGGGGUUUUAGGGAAGCCGCUGGAAAUGUUGUAGGGAACAAUCAGUGUCCGAAGAAUUGGAAUUCUGUUGGGUCUUAUGGGCAAAAUCAUAGAGAUUUGGAUGUAGAUUACCAAAAUUUUAGUGGGUCUUACCGGGAAAGCAAUAGGGGCGUCAAUCAGACUAAUCCAGUUGAGAGGAAUAGUAAUUUUGGCGGACAUUAUGUGGAUACUGGGGAGUUUCAGCAUAGCCAUAGGGAGGUUUCUGCUUCAAAUUCAAAGAAUUUACAGGAUCAUCCCAAAGGAGUUUAUGGAGGUAAUGCUAAUUUUCAGGAUGUUAACGGGUAUUAUCAUCCUGAACCUAGAGAUAUAAGACAGAACCCAACUGGGCAUGAUUUGCAACGUCCUUCAGAUUCACAAAGAAGCUGGAAUAGCAAUAAUACUCAAAAUGUUAAUCAAUUUCAGCCUGGCUCCAGUGGUUAUCGCAUGUGGAAUCUUGGUAUGUAUCAGCAUGACCCUAAUUCUGCCCAAUAUCAGCAGAAUGUGAAUGUUGGACAAUAUCAGCCAAAAUCCCAUGGUGUUCAGAAUGUAAUGGAGGCUACUUCUCAAGUACAAAACAAUGCCAGAAUUAAUGGGCAUUUGGCUGUCUCUUCUGAAAGUAGCCCAUCCGGAGGUUUUCUUAAAGAGCUUGAUGAUUUUUGCAAGGAAAAGAAAGUGAAGGAAGCUGUUCAAGUUUUGCAUUCAUUAGAGGAGCAGCAAAUUCCUGUGGAUUUGCCUCAUUUUUUGCAGUUGAUAGAGGCUUGUGGAGAGCUUAAGGCUUUAGAAGAAGCAAAAGCAAUUCAUGACCAUAUUUUGAGAUCGUUGUCCCCUUUGAGUGUCAGCAUGUCUAACAAGAUCAUGGAGAUGUAUGCGAAAUGUGGUGCUAUGGACAGUGCAUUUGAUGUUUUUAACAAAAUGUCGGAGCGCAAUUUGGAGUCUUGGCAUCUUAUGAUCACAUGGCUUGCAAAGAAUGGACUUGGGGAGGAUGCCAUUGAUCUGUUCAGUGAGUUUAAACGAGCAGGAUCAAAACCUGAUGCACAAAUGUUUAUUGGGGUGUUUUCUGCUUGUAGUGAUGUAGGUGAUGUUAAUGAAGGAAUGUUGCACUUCGAGUCCAUGAUGAAGGAUUAUGGCAUUGUCCCAUCAGUGCAGCACUACGUAAGCAUUGUGGACAUGUUGGGAAGCACUGGAUAUUUGGAUGAAGCUUUGGAGUUCAUUGAAAAGAUGCCAAUGGAGCCAAGUGUAGAUGUUUGGGUAACCUUAAUGAAUCUUAGCCGAGUUCAUGGGAACUUGGAGCUCGGGGAUCGCUGUGCUGAGCUUGUUGGGCUUUUAGAUCCCUCCCGAUUGAAUGCACAAUCUACAGCAGGCUUUGUACCAGCAAAAGCUUCAGACAUUGCAAAAGAGAAAGAGAAAAAGCUAUCAAGUCAAAAUCUUUUAGAAGUAAGGAGCAGGGUCCAUGAAUAUCGCGCGGGGGAUACCUCACAUCCUGAAAAUGAUAAAAUAUAUGCCAUUCUUAGGGGUUUAAGGACUCAGAUGAAAGAGGCUGGUUACAUUCCGGAGACGAGAUUUGUGUUGCAUGACAUUGACCAGGAAGGGAAAGAAGAUGCUCUUCUUGCUCACAGUGAGAGGCUUGCUGCUGCUUAUGGUCUUCUAAGCAGUCCUGCUCGCUCACCUAUUCGAGUGAUAAAGAACCUUCGUGUUUGUGGUGAUUGCCACAAUGCAAUGAAAAUAAUUUCAAAGAUCGUUGGAAGAGAACUCAUUAUGCGUGAUGCCAAGAGGUUCCAUCAUUUCAAAGACGGGGUGUGUUCUUGCCGUGAUUAUUGGUGAAAAGGAUGAAACGAAAGGUCGUGCAUUGAAGUUGAUCUAGAAAGACUUAAAGUGAAUUAGUGAAAAAAUAUUCUCUUCAAGAAAAUCUAUGUACUACACAACCUAUCCAUGGACACUCCACGCACGUGAAUAGAGGCUGUAAAUGAGAAUUCAUUAGCUGUAUCACAAGGCAAAAGUGAUUCGGGGGAAAUGAAGAGUUAGGCCUGACCAGUUCAAACACAAUUAACUUAUGUUAAAAGGAUGAAGGAAUUUUUUUUUUUUUUAAAUAGAUUUACCAUGCUUGCGUGGAUGAUGACAUUGAUGAGAAGAUCAUAAGAUAGCAGACAUCAUACCACUUUUAGAUGGCUGAUUGCCAUUUGUCUAUGUAUUUUUGAACUUCCAAACAUUUAAUAUUAUAUCAAUUUUUGGGUGACCAGAUUAUGAAUUACAGAA